AAUUUUGGUAACGGCACAUGGCGUCGCGAGCUUAUCCUGGUUAUACCACAGUGCGCGCGCUCACAGCUGGCAUUCUCGCGUGUCUUCUAAACCCUCCACACGGCUGGCCGAGAAGCAGCAGCAGCAGCUUUCCGGUGUCCUAAAAGCUGCUCUUAUUCUCUCUUCUUCUUUUCUUUCUUUUUUUUUAAAUAACUAUUUUGGUGACAGCGUCUGCCAGACUGCAGACACGAACCGUGCUGACUCCUGGCUGCGGAAGGCUUUUUGUUGCUCAGAAAUAAUAUUUCACAGGUGGAGGAGAAGACAGAGUUAAUUGCACCGCAUUUAACUUGGGUUGGACUGGAGCCUGUGUUCAUCUGAUUGUUCGAUGGCAUUAACACUGAACUUGAUCGGCCCCUCUCCAUGGGGCUUCAGAAUAUAUGGAGGAAGGGACUUCAAGAAGGCCAUUACCGUAUCAAAGGUCAAUGGAGGCAGCAAGGCAGAGAAAGCAGACCUGCAUGCUGGUGAUAUCAUCCUGGAAAUCAACGGUGAAAACACAGCUGACAUGCUGAAUGUGGAGGCCCAGAACAAAAUCAAGAACUCAAAGACUCAUCUGCAGCUUUUGGUGGAGAGACCUGAGACUCCCAACUCUACACAAACCAACGGCAUCAGCACCCCUGAUCAGCUCACUGGACGCUUCCAGGAGGUAGUCAUAGUGAGUCGAGACGAGAACCAGAACUACAGUGAGUAUAAAAUCUCCAGUCCUACGUCACAGUCCCCAGGACCCUAUUCAUCAUAUUCUCCUGUCAGCCCUGACAGAAGAGGGGGAAGACUGACACCAACCAUUAAUAAGAGUGUGCAGCUGCGCUCAUGGUCACCAGAGGAUAAAAACAACCAUCUGUCCAGGCCUCACUCUCAGGAGUUUUUUCCUUCUGACUUCAGACACCCUUCUGGGUCCAGCAGGACACCAACCCCACCAGGACGCUACUCGCCUCACAGCCCCACUGACCGCGAUGUUCCCAUGUCCCCCAGGCGCAGUAGUUCCAGUUCUGACUUUGCCAUGCAAAGGUUUGACAGGAACUCGGAGGUGUACAAGAUGAUCCAGGAGAACAAGGAGUCACGCACACCACCUCGUCAGUCCAACACCUUUAAAAUGCUGCAGGAAGUGCUGGAGGCUGAUGAGAAAGAGGCAGCCCUGCGGUUUCCGGGGAAGCUUUCCCCCAACCCACCGAAACAGAGCACAUCUGCUGCAGGAGUCAGCAAACACCACACCUGUGAGAAGUGUGGCACAAGCAUUGUGACACAGGCAGUGCGCAUCACGGACAGCUCCUUCCGUCACCCAGAGUGCUACACCUGCACAGAUUGCGGGCUUAACCUGAAGAUGAGAGGUCACUUUUGGGUUGGAGAUGUAAUGUAUUGUGAGAAGCAUGCCAAAGAGAGGUAUCAGGGCCCAGGCAGCUCCAUUCAGAGCACCGUGUUCCCCCGCCAAUGAGUUGGCCCCUGCACGCCUGUCCCGCUCUGCAGAGUGCUGCUUGCCUCCCUGAAGCACCACCUCAUCCGACUCACCGAUACACCUUGGAAAUAUUUUUUGUGGGGUUGACAUUACAUUAAUUUCUGAUCUUUAAUCUUUAAUCAAAUAAUGCAAUGUAUAAUAUACACUUUAUUGCCUUACUUUUUGUUUUAUGAGGACUGUUUUUCAUAAUAUGGUUCAUCCUUCAUGGUCUCUGUCAUUCUUUGCCCACAUAACACUCAGGCCAGAUUUAAGAACGCAGAUGCUUUAAAAAAAGAAAAAAAGUUGAGUAAAGAACUGAUUGAAUAAAAAAAAGGGACCAAUAACUAAUCAUCUGCAUGCUGCCUUAAAGUUGUUCAGAUGGUGCAGUGUGAGUGUGUGUGUGAUCGCAUGCUUUCUCAUGCAGACGAAGCUUCUGCAUGGCUCCAUAUUGUGUGUGUGUGUGUGAAUGGUUGUGUGCGUUUCCACAUGACAAAAGGCAAGAAAAAAAAAAGAUGGUUGCCAUGUUAUUGUAAAGUUGUGGAGAGUUGCAGAUUCAGGGCAAAAUGCCUCUUGAAUUUAUCUGUACUUUUUUGUAAACUGAAUAAAUAAUCGGUAAAGCAAGGGGCACAGGGGUCUGCUUGCUGUUUGGCUCUUUGUUUAAUUUAGAGGGACAAAAUAUCUUUUCAAUAUAUAAAUAUUUUUGAUAUUCUUUUGAUAAUGAUAUGAUGUAGAUCAUUUAACAUGCAUAUUGUAAGCAUGGGACAGUUGAUGUGAUACGAAGAUGUAAUGCAGCACAUGUCCAGUUCCAGCAGUACUCAGAGAUGGACUUUAAUCUUCACAUUUUUGUGGAAUAUAAUAAAGUUGCACAACCUGAAGACUCUCCUGA